AAACACUUUUAUGUGAUGUAUUUUCUUUUUCAGACAGGAAGAAUAAGAGCUGCAGGAAUUGUAGGUAUCGAGAGGAAAUUAGAAGAAAGAAGAAAAGAGAUGGAUAAAAACAUUUCUGAAGCUUUUGAAGACCUCAGCAAACUAAUGGAAAAGGCUAAGGAAAUGGUGGAACUGUCCAAAUCAAUUGCCAACAAGAUCAAAGAAAAACAAGGUGACAUCACGGAAGAUGAGACCAUCAGGUUCAAAUCCUAUCUCUUGAGCAUGGGUAUAGCUAAUCCAGUUACGAGGGAAACCCAUGGAUCUGGCACGCAUUACCAUAUGCAACUGGCAAAGCAGUUGGGUGGAAUUUUGCAGGCACCGUUAGAGGAGCGGGGAGGAAUCAUGUCCCUCACGGAGGUAUAUUGUUUGGUAAAUCGUGCUCGAGGCUUGGAGUUGCUCUCACCUGAAGAUCUAGUAAAUGCUUGUAAGAUGCUGGAAGCGCUAAAACUACCUCUCAGAUUACGUGUCUUUGACAGUGGUGUAAUGGUGAUUGAGCUCCAGUCCCACAAUGAAGAGGAAAUGGUGGCUUCUGCAUUGGAGACAGUCUCUGAAAAGGGAUCUCUUACAGCAGAGGAGUUUGCAAAGGUUGUAGGGAUGUCUGUACUUCUAGCCAAAGAAAGGCUCCUUCUAGCUGAAAAGAUGGGGCAACUUUGCAGAGAUGAUUCUGUAGAAGGCUUGCGAUUCUAUCCAAAUUUAUUUAUUACACAAAGCAAAUGACACAGUUGUUCUAUUUCCUUCAUUCAGAUACAUUUGCCAUGUGUAUUCUGGGCAAAACGAUGUCGAAUAAUCCACCUUUUGUCUAGUCAAUACCACAGUUUACCUAGCCUCUGAUGAUACACAAACAUUCCCAAUGGUGGCGGUGUGGCCCUGUGCAGAAAGUAGGAAAGGACCACAAAUGCUUGUCAAAAUCAUGACAUUGUAAUUGUGUUGAGGUCUUACGUGUAAAUUAAGCAACAAAUGAUUUGACAUUCUGCUUAAAAUAUGAAGGAAGGAAGUGGAGUGAUUGAAGAAAGGAAAGGAGGAAUGUUCCUGUGGUCUGCCUGCAGGGAAACGCAGCAUUAAGCACACAUUUGCUAAUUCUAUUUUCCCUAUUUCUUUUUUUUAACCAUGAAUUUUAUACUUGCUGCUCCAAAUCUAUGAUCUGUCAAAUGAUUUCUCAAUAAGAUAGGCUGUGCUUGUUUUUUCAAGUUACUACUGAAUUUCCCCAGGAAGUGUCUCCAUUUUAGGAAGAAAACCUCACUCUGUGCUCAAUGUAUAACCUGUCUUCAGAGGAAGGAUUAUUGAAAAAAUGUAGAGAUGUGUGUGUUGCUUUGUGCUGAAUGUUAAGACAAGAAGCAAUGUGAACUCAGAUUUCCUUCCUUCCAUUCUUUGAUUCUCAGCUCUGUGAUGUUGCUAUUUUUGUCUUCUCUGUGAAAGAGGGCUUUCUGCCAUCUGCCCUUUUAAAUAGUACAGUGAACUGGUUUGCAUCUUUCUAUUGAAAUAGUUGCUCAUCUGAGCACUGUCUUGAUUUCCACUGUUAAACAUGAAGCACAAGCUCAUUUUAACAGGAAGAACUUGAGGGUCCCAUGUAUUGUGUUCUUACAUAACACAACUAUGUCUCUUUAAAUUGUACUGGCUACAACACAUGUGUGCAUCAUCUUAAAAAUAAAGGAAGUAUGUUUUCUUCA